GGUUCACGGGGGAGUGUUCGUCUGACGGUUGGCCUCAUAUUCCCGACCAACCCUUCGUCGAGUUCAGGAUCGGCGCUUCCGCACAAGACUGGCAAGCCGACACCGGUUUCCCACCAGAUUAGCCUCAGAGUUCGAGUCUUUGGGAAGUCAUGGAGGAAUAGGACUCGCAAGAAGCUGGUGAUGAUGGACUGCCUUGCUUUCCCAGAAGUUGUUCUCUUCCAGACAGAAGUGGACUGCAGUUUCGACCUCGCAUCGGCCUUAUCAACAUUCUGCACUGUCACGGUUCGACUCCUGCCUGGGGUGUUGAUAAGACCGAUGCGAGGUCGAAAUUGCAGUCCACUUCUGUCUGGAAGAGAACAACUUUUGGAAAAGCAAGGCCAUGUGAAAUUCAAUGGAAAAGUCAGCUCAACUCAUAUCAUUUGUUCGGGUAAGCGAUUCGAAGGUCGAUCCAACCAGAAGACGAUGGCGGGUUCCUCUUGGCCAGCUGCCGAUCGGCUUUCCUGGAACAUUCUUGUUGACAUUGUUUCCGAGGUAACCUCUUUCGAUUUCGGUGAGAAGGAGCCAAGCUUUCGUCCGUCAUACGACGAACAUCGUCAGAGCAAGGUAUCAUCGUCACAACCAAAUGCAAGCUAA